AUGAUGAGGGAUGGAGGGCCGCCGCAGAUAGCCAGCUACUAUCUGCGUCCCCAGGCUUCACUUAAAGAGAGGCGUGGGGGAGAGGCUCCAAGACCAGGGACAAAUAUGAAAAAGAUUUACAUUGGCAAAACUGCUCCCAAGUCGCAGAGAAAUGGUAAACACCAGAAAAGGAGUUCUUACCACGACCAGAAGGAGGAGCUGCGGAAACGUCUGUCCUACACCGCACACAAACUAGAGAUGGUGGAGUCGGAGUUCGAUUCCACGCGGCAGUAUCUGGAGACGGAGCUGAGGAGGGCGCAGGAGGAGCUCGAGAAGUUCACCGACAAACUGCGGAGAAUCCAGAGCAGCUAUGCAGCGCUGCAGAGGAUCAACCAGGACCUGGAGGACAAGAUGCUUCGCACGUCCCAGCUCCAUGAUGAGGAGAAGAGGGCGCUCGGCCGAGAGAUCAUCGUCCUCAACAACCACCUGAUGGAGGCCAAGAUCACCAUCAACAAACUGAGAGAGGACAAUGACGUGUACAGGAAAGACUGCAACCUGGCGGCACAGCUGCUGCAGUGCUCCAAGUCUCACUACAGGGCGCACAAGAUGUCGGAGCUGCCAUUGGACUUCCAGGAGCGCCUCAGUUCCCACAUUGAGAAACACAGCAGUGGCAGUGCGUCCAUUGUGUGUCACUCCGGUUACUCCGACGCAGUCCCAACAUCUCUGAUCGCACAGGUCCUGGAAAAGCCGGAGCCGGGCAGCAGCUGUCCCGUGAGCCGAUCGUCCAGUCCACAGAGAGACGGAGACUUCCUGAGCGGAACUGGUAGCAAUGACCAGCUCAACCGGCGCGUUGCCUACAAAUCCUCAGACCUGUACUGCAGCGACACCGCACUCUACUGCCCCGAGCGCUGGCAAGACACAGAACGCAGGCAAAGCGUAGACCUCCACGGGCCAGGCAUCCUCCAGCUACACACUCAAAACUCCACCGACAGCAACCCAGAGGAGGCCUACCACUCUGGAAGCUUCUCCCCUCAAGAGGCACCUUCCUCCUUCCACCACCAUGACGAGUUUGCCCCAGGCAGUCUUCCGAUGUCCAGCUCCUACUCCAGCUUCAGCCUGGCCUCCGACGACAAAGGUGUUGGUGGUGGUGGAGGAGGCUGCCGUAUAGCUAACAGCACCAUGUCCUCCUCGCACCAGGGCCUUUACAUGGAUUGGAGAGAUGGAGGAGACUAUAAAAGUUUGACUCCGUAUGAGAAAGACGGCUUCCCAAAGUCCCUCAGUAUCCAGCACAUGGCCAUACCCAGGAGCCCGCAAAAAGCCACGUCACCUUCUUACACCAGAACGGCAUCCUGCUUCAGUGAACCCUACCAUGCCAGCAGCCCACGCCUGGCCUCCUCGCACAGCAUGGGCUCCACCAGUGGGUUUGCUCAAGUGCACAGUGGCAGAGGGGACGUCCAACUCUCGGAAGACGACCUGACGAACCGUUGGCGUCAGCUGAGUGUUGAAGACGUCAAUACCUUGUCUUCAUCUUCCUACCGCGACCUGAGCGGGAGGGUUUCUCCGUACAGUUUCUCGGAACGUCACUUCGCCAUGGGCCCUUCCAAGUCCAAGAACGUCUACAGCAGCUUCCAAGAAGGAGAUGAUGUCUUCCACAGCCGUGUUCUUGAUCAAUGUUUUGGCAUAGGGCGACCUUCUCCCAAUCACAGCCCCAAACCUAUGGAACUUCGGAAGAAAGAGAAGGGAUCGGUGAUGUACAGCGGGGACUCCGACUGCGGUCUGUUCCUCUCAGGCAGCUCCAAUGACAAAGAAGGAGGCAGGGUGACGUCAGCAGGUGGGAGUUCUAAGAAGGACUAUGUGAAUCUGAGCGGGGACAGCUCCGGCGAGUCCUUACAUCAAAGCUCUCUCGAGGCUUCCAGUUUGCAGCACUAUCCCAGCCCCAAGCCCGUCGUCAGGCCACGACCCAGCUCCAGCUCAGCCCUCACUGCUGGCCCCGCGCUCCCCAAGAAGACCUCCCCCAGAUACCAAAAGUUCGGAAGCGCAGGACUGACCCGGAAAGACAGUCUGACAAAGGCACAACUGUAUGGAACUUUGCUAAACUGA